CCUAGCGAGAAUAUGCUUCCUAUUUGAAGAGAAAAUCGGAGUAUAAUGAAGUACAAAUCUCCCGCCGUAGAAGACUGCGAAACCGACGGCAGCCCAGUCCCAGUCGCCGAGAAGCGCAAGCGAGACCACAAAGUACAAGAGACAUCGGAUCGCGACGACUCAGAGCAGCCUCCAAACAAAGUAUCCAAGUCGACCAGUGGAAACUCCAGUUCUAAACAGGAGAACAAAGCGGACCCUAACACCAACAGCGAAGAAUGGAAUAACGGCAACAAAGGCAAAGAAGACCCAGACGUGGACGAGGAUGUGAAAAAGGGCGCAAAACAAAAACAAAAACAAAACGAAGAAGGCGGCUUGGAGGGUGCUGAAGGACAAUUUGAAGAUGUGGGGCAUGUUAAACCCUCGGAAUCACCGAAAGUGCACAAGAUUAUCGAGGACUUUGGCCGGCAGCCACUAGAGGGUACUUCCCUUGCGAAGGAGCCGCUCACUGCGUCUCCGGAGACGGUGCUUGCGAUGGUGCUUGACGCGAUGUUGAAGUCGCGGCCGAUUUCGCAUGAUCUUUCGCAGCGUGCGGUGAGCAAGCUCAUUGACGAAGGUUAUCAUGAUAUCCGAAAGCUGGGAGAAAGUACUUGGGAGGAAAGGACGAUGCAAGGUGCUACAAACCUGGGCGAUUUGGCGGACUUCGUCAAUGGGCAGUACGACGGUGACCUUAAUAAUCUUCUGAAAAAAGCUGGGAACGACCGCAAAAAGACCAGAGAUUUGAUCAAGGGGAUCAAAGGAUUGGGUGACCUUGGUGUCGAUCUCUUUCUAAACAAUGUACAAAGCGUUUGGCCUUCCAUGACCCCCUUCUUGGAUGCGCGCAGUCUCAAGACGGCGGAUGAGCUUGGUAUCGGUACAGAUCUCGAGGCAAUCUAUGAAAGCCUGAAUCGAGACCCAAUGAGGAUGAGCAGACUGGCAAAUGGAUUGUCCCAUGUGCGGCUGGAUAAGAAGCAACGAGAGGUUAACGAAGUUUGAUUCCGCAUAUGAGGAGCUUAGGCCACAUUGAGCGCAGUUAAGCAAUUGAUACCUUUGGGUCUCACACAUGUGUUUCAGCCUUCCAGUUUAUCCGGAACUGCAACGUCAGUAUGAAUUGAACGUGGUCAAUUUUAGCUCAACAAUUCAAGAAAAACCAUGCCGCGGGAGAGAUAUCAUUCAUCCAUUGGUCUCGUAAGGGGAGUGCUUCUACGUUUGACCUUGAUGACUUGAUCGUUUCAUGUUGCGGACAUGGUUUGAUUCUUCAGGAAAGGGCAAUGUCCCACGUACUGAAGAAGAUUCCAUGACCGGUCUUGAGGAAGAAAGACACAAGGUGGUGGGUGGGCGGUUGCCAUGAAAUGAUAUCGGAAACCGUGUUUCU